AUGGCAGUUGGAAAAGAAUCCAUCUUCUCAUCUCUUGACAAUGCCAAAACCCAACUCUACCAUUACAAGGCAAUUGUCAUUGCUGGUAUGGGAUUUUUCACUGAUGCUUAUGACCUUUUCUGCAUCACCGCCGUCACGAAACUUAUAGGGCGCCUUUACUACUAUGACCCUUCUACGAACAGUCCUGGUGCUCUGCCUAAUCAGAUCAACAAUGCAAUAACUGGGGUUGCUUUGUUUGGAACCCUAGCAGGGCAACUCUUCUUUGGCUGGCUUGGAGAUAAACUUGGUAGGAAAAAAGUUUAUGGUAUCACCUUAGUCACUAUGGUGGGCUGUGCUCUGGCCUCUGGCCUUUCCUUUGGCUCCUCUGCUCAAGGCGUUGUUACAACUCUCUGCUUUUUUCGCUUCUGGCUCGGAUUUGGGAUUGGAGGGGACUAUCCCCUCUCAGCUGUCAUAAUGUCCGAAUAUUCCAGCCAAAAAACCCGAGGCGGGUUCGUUGCUGCUGUGUUUGCCAUGCAAGGAAUUGGCAUAUUGGUUGCAGGAGCUGUAGCCAUGCUUGUGUCCAAGGUAUUCUUGCAAGCUUUCCCAGCUGAUAAGUUUAAUGUCAAUCAAGUGCUGUCUACUCAGCCAGAAGGCGAUUUUGUUUGGCGGAUUGUGCUCAUGUUUGGUGCUGUCCCAGCUGCUCUGACCUUUUAUUGGAGAUCAAAAAUGCCUGAAACUGCAAGGUACACUGCUUUGGUUGAAGGAGACCAUGAGAAGGCUAAAGCAGAUAUGGCCAAAGUGCUUGAAAAAGACAUUCCUGUUGCUGCUGUCAAUGGAGAUUCUGAUUCCAAGGUCCUAGUUGAUCCUAAUUCCUCAUAUGGGCUGUUUUCUAGGGAGUUUCUUAGGAGGCAUGGCCUCCAUCUUCUUGGCACCUCCAGCACCUGGUUCUUGUUAGACAUUGCCUUCUACAGCCUACAGCUCACUCAGAAAGAUGUUUACCCUGCAAGCGGGCUUUUACCAAAGGCAUCAACAAUGAAUGCAAUAGAAGAAGUGUACUUGCUCUCCAAAGCAAUGCUGUUAAUAGCACUUGCGGCAACAGUUCCUGGUUACUGGUUUACUGUCUUCCUCAUUGACAAGAUUGGAAGAAAGCCAAUCCAGCUUGGAGGGUUUUUACUGAUGUCAAUUUUCAUGGCAGUUCUUGGAUAUAAAUAUGGGGUACUUAGGGGAGAGAAGUGUAAGGACCCAAAUUCCACCUUCGACUUCUGCAAGGGUCGCACUAACUUGUUCACCCUUCUCUUUGGCCUGACCUUGUUUUUUGCAAACUUUGGACCCAACAGCACAACUUUCAUUGUGCCGGCUGAGCUUUUCCCGGCAAGGUUCCGGUCCACAUGCCACGGUAUAUCAGCUGCAGCAGGAAAAGCAGGGGCUAUACUUGCUGCAUUUGUGCUGCAGAGUUACACUCAUCAACUCGAAGGCAUCCGGAAGGCAAUCAUAGCGCUUGCUGUGGUUAAUUUGCUUGGUUUCUUCUUCACUUUCUUGGUGCCAGAAACAAAGGGCAGGUCGCUUGAGGAGAUUUCUGGAGAGGACAAUGAUCUUGGAGGCAAUGGGGUCACGGCCAUUAACAAUGCAGAUGACAAGGCAACAGAAGCUACCAAUGUUGACAAUGGCAAAGACAAAGUUGCAGAUGGUGAAAUGGAAAUGGUCUAG